UUUGCGCUGCUUGAUAGACGGCGACGGCAAAGCGAGGAAGCGAAGUCACACCUAUCUUCACGCGAGACCAAUGUCACCGGCUUAACAAUCUAUCAAAUUUGCCGGGCCGUCGACUGGACAAUUGUUUCACAAAUGAUGUUAUUUUGUCCAACAAUAAAUAAUAGUCCCAGUGUUUUAAAACGUCAGCGAUACGCUGCAAAGUGUACAAGUGUCAUAUAUGUUCUGUAGUCGUGUCUGCAUAUCGAUCCGUUUUGCCAUUGCCUUGAAAACGCCAUAUUUAACCCUUAAUCAUGGAUAGAAGGAAGCUUUCCACUUCUGGUGAUACUUUAUACCAAAUAUUAGCCAUUCCAAAAACUGCCACUCAAGAUGAAGUUAAGAAAAGUUAUAGGAAAUUGGCGUUGAAGUACCAUCCUGAUAAGAACCCAAAUAAUCCAGAGGCGUCUGAAAAAUUUAAAGAAGUAAACCGAGCCCAUAUGAUACUUAGCGAUGUCAGCAAAAGAAACAUAUAUGACAAUUAUGGAUCUUUAGGAAUGUAUAUAGCUGAGCAAUUUGGCGAAGAAAAUGUUAAUGCAUACUUUAUGGUAACAUCCACUCGAUGUAAAUUACUAUUUUUGUUCUGUGGUCUUAUUACUGGAUGCUAUUGUUGUUGCUGUUUGUGUUGCUGCUUUAACUUCUGUUGCGGCAAGUGUAAACCUAGACCUCCAGAAGACUCUGGUGAUUACCAUACAUUAAAUCCAGAUGUAGCUGAGUUACAAAGAGGUGACCCAGUUACACAACAACCAGGUCCGCAAGGCGCUGCUGCCUCACCCGGAGCAACAUUUGCAAUGCCCGCUCCUGGAGCAACAGAAAAUACUAAUUUAAAUCCUAGCGAUUGGCCAAUUUAUACUCCUGAUAUGUCAGGGGGUGCAGCUACAGUUACCAACGAUCCCCUGAACCCACAGUGGUAGAUGACUUAUGAUUGAAAAGCAAAUAUAUUAAGUAUUUCAAACACAUCUAUAUUUAUGGCAUGUUACGAUUCUUUCCAACUAUGUAAUUUUAAUCAACUCUUCCCAUGAUGUUACUUGUAAUUUAUUUGCUAAAAUAGUGUUUCAUUUUGGCAAGUAAUACAAUGUGGAUCUUACUACUAAAUAAUGACGACAGGUUUUAU